GUAAUUAGCCAGGAGGUAAAAAAAGAAAAUCCACUGCAAUUUAAGUUCCGCGCAAAGUUCUACCCAGAGGAUGUGGCGGAAGAGCUGAUUCAAGACAUCACUCUGCGUCUUUUCUACCUACAGGUAAAAAGUGCCAUUUUAAACGAUGAAAUAUAUUGUCCACCCGAGACGUCGGUUCUCUUAGCCUCAUACGCCGUGCAGGCACGCUAUGGUGACUAUCUAAAAAGUAAUCAUGGACCAGGUUUCCUAGCAAAUGACCGACUGCUUCCCCAGCGCGUCAUGGAUCAGCACAAAAUGAGUAAGGAAGAAUGGGAAACAUCUAUCACAAACUGGUGGCAAGAGCACAAGGAAAUGCCUCGUGAAGAUGCUAUGAUGGAAUACCUAAAGAUUGCUCAGGAUCUGGAAAUGUACGGAGUCAAUUACUUUGAAAUUCGUAAUAAAAAAGGUACUGAACUGUGGCUAGGUGUUGAUGCUCUUGGCCUGAAUAUAUAUGAGAAGGACGACAAGCUCACACCAAAAAUUGGUUUUCCAUGGUCUGAAAUCCGCAAUAUUUCUUUUAAUGAGAAAAAAUUUAUCAUCAAACCAAUUGACAAAAAAGCACCAGAUUUUGUUUUUUUUGCCUCUCGAGUUAAAAUUAACAAACGCAUUCUCGCGCUUUGUAUGGGAAACCACGAACUAUACAUGCGGAGACGCAAACCUGAUACCAUUGACGUUCAACAAAUGAAAGCCCAGGCAAAGGAAGAAAAAUUGGCUCGUGAAAAAGCACGCGAAAAACUACAGAUGGAAAUAGCAGCUCGGGAACGAGCUGAAAAAAAGCAACAGGAAUACGAAGAACGCCUUCGUAGCAUGGCUGAAGAAAUGGAGAGGAGACAAGCAAAAUUGGACGAAGCUCAAGAAAUGAUUCGUCGCUUAGAAGAACAGCUUAAACAGUUACAGGCUGCUAAAGAAGAACUUGAGGAUCAGCAAAAAGAAUUGACGGCGAUGAUGGAGAAACUCGAGCGUUCUCACGAAAUGGAGGCUGCUGAGAGGGCCAAACUCGAGGCUGAAAUAAGCAGUAAGCAGGAAGAAGUUCAACGCAUCCAGUUUGAAGUUGAAGCUAAAGAUGCUGAAGCUAAAAGAUUGCAGCAAGAAGUUGAAGCUGCCAGACUUCGACAAGAGGAGGCUGAUAGGCAGUACCAAGCCAACACAACACCAUAUCAUCACCAUGUUGAAGAAAAUGAGGAAGAUGGUGAAGAUGGAGAGGAUGAAAUGCUUCAUAGAGAUGUAACUAAGGAACUUGCCACUGAUGAAUCCAUCAUUGACCCUAUUGAGGAAAGACGAACGUUAGCUGAAAGGAAUGAACGUCUUCACGAUCAACUUAAGUUUAAGCUCAUAGAACUGUUAACAAACGUGAUAAAACAUACAGAAAAAUACAAGAGAUUAAAUAUUGACUACGAGCACAUCUCAGGUGAUGCCGCCAAUGCCGGAGCUCAGUACCAAUUUUGCCAGCAUAGAAGCAUUGGAUCUUAUGGGAACGCUCGCCAAAAUAUGUCAAAAACCAAUCAAUCUUAUUCCGAUACCAUUGAAAGAAUACAAUUAGUACCUAAAAUAAGAAAAAAUAAACCUAGAGAUAUAAUAUUAAAAGUACCUCAGGGUUUGGAAGGCGGACAGGGUGAAUUAAAUGCACCUACAAUAGCGGAAAAAUUGAAAGCGAGACGAAGAAAAGAAACAUCAAGAGCUCAAAUACAAGACUCGUCAUCCGAACCCGACACCGCUUCUACUUCACAGUUUAGUGACCCACAAUCCAACGCGCCAAUACCAUUAGAAGAACGAUUAUUUCUGCUAAACUCAAUAAAUGCACUUGAAGAAGAGACCUCUCAGAACAUAAUGGAAAACUCAAGUUUUUUACCAAGACGAACUAAUAUUCUAAUCAAACCCAGUACAUCCCAAGCCAAUGACGUUAAUCAAAAAUCUUUAACAUUUCAACAAGAUGAAGACUCUACUUCUUCUGAUAGAGAAACUUUAAAUUUAAGGUAUGAUGAAUUAACAGUAUAUUCCAUGGUUGUGUUCCUACUACUUGGAAAAAAGUUCUAUGGCUAG